ACUUCCUUAAGUCGAUUUAAAGAGAAUUUAUGAGCCUCUUGAGAUCCACUAAUACCAGAAUUUAUAGACAUCUUACAAAAUCAUUGCCUGUGUUUUCUAGUAGCAAAUUUGUCAUGACUACUGCUGUUGAAUUCAGUGAACCGAGAUUGGUGACCAAGAAGUUGCUAGCAAAGAGCCAGGGUGAAGGCGAUGGGGCCGUUGUUCGUAGAAGCAUUGGAAGGCCGGAAUUGAAGUCUUUUGAUCCUUUCCUUAUGUUAGAUGAAUUUACUGUUUCUCCCCCAGCUGGAUUCCCUGACCAUCCACAUAGAGGAUUUGAGACUGUUACAUACAUGCUAGAGGGAGCCGUAACACAUCAAGAUUUUAAUGGGCAUAAGGGUACUAUUAGAGCCGGUGAUGUCCAGUGGAUGACAGCAGGAAGAGGCAUUAUUCACUCAGAAAUGCCUGCAGGCCCAGGUGCCCAAAAGGGCUUGCAACUAUGGGUCAAUCUAUCCUCAAAAGACAAAAUGGUUGAACCAAACUACCAAGAGUUGUUAAAGGAGGACAUUCAAUCGGCGGAGAGAGAUGGUGUAAAGGUUAAUAUCAUUGCAGGAGAGUCCAUGGGGGUCAAGUCACCAGUUUUCACUAGAACCCCCUCUAUGUUUCUUGACUUUACUCUUACUCCGGGUGCCCAAAUGCACCAACCAAUCCCAGAGUCUUGGAAUUCAUUUGUGUACGUGCUAGAAGGAGAAGGUGUGUUUGGGUCAAUGGACUCGUCACCAAUAUCCGCUCAUCAUGUUUUGGUGUUGAGCAACGGUGAUGGUUUAAGUGUGUGGAACAACGGGUCAAAACCAUUGAGAUUUGUGUUGAUUGGAGGGCAGCCGCUCAACGAGCCAGUUGUUCAGUAUGGGCCUUUUGUGAUGAACACGCAAGCUGAGAUUAAACAAGCUUUACAAGACUAUCAACACUGCCAAAACGGAUUUGAAAUGGCCAAGUAUUGGCGAUCUCAAUAGAUUGAUUGAUUUAGCAAUAUUCACGAAUUUGUUAAGACUUCUACUCAAAUCUUGCAGUCCUUUUGUCCAUUGUUUACAAAGUUUCUUUUGUUUUGUUUUUUGUUUAUAGCCUGAUUUUACAAAAUUUAAAGGUUGUAGAAUCUUCAUUACAUAAGUUACAUGUUAUUGCAUAUCAUUAUUAUAA